AUGGCCUUGAAGCGACUUAGCCUGCUGGCGCUCGCCACCUCGCUUGCCUCUUGCGUUUCCACACCCAGUGGCGUUCCUGCGCCCGAUGACGCUUCGGUCGACAUCGCCAGCAGUUUUGUGCUUGAUCUCAUAGCAAAUGUGACCCAGGCCGAAGAGUCCUUCCAUAGCAAUGAGAAGCGCUUCCUUUCUUGCACUCAGGACUCGCUCGUCGUCAACCUUGGCUAUGCCAGAUACCGGGGAUAUCAUGACUCCUCGACGGGACUGAACUACUGGAAAGGCAUCCGAUAUGCUGCCCCUCCCACAGGCAAUCUGAGAUGGCAACCUCCUCAGGUGCUGCCGCCCAAGCUCAAUCCUCCCAUUGAAGAUGCGUUCGACUUCGGGCCGAUUUGCCCGCAGGCGAUGCCCUCGUUGCCCAGCACUCCGUUCAUCCCGGGCAACGAAGACUGCUUGUUUUUGAAUGUCUACGCCCCGGCUGGCGCUUCCAAUCUUCCUGUGCUCGUGUACAUCCACGAGGGUGGUUAUGGCUUUGGUGAUGGUCGCCAUGACAUGACCGACAUCAUCAAUGCUAAUGACAAGGGCUUCGUUGCUGUGACCAUCCAGUACCGACUCGGAGCAUUCGGGUGGCUUUCGUCGAGCGAGGUGAAAAAGCGCGGUGCGGUCAAUGCCGGCCUUCUCGACCAGGCCCUUGCGUUGGCCUGGGUGAAACUGCACAUCUGUCAGUUCGGUGGUGAUCCUUCCAAGAUUACCAUCGCCGGUGAGUCCGCCGGUGGCGGCUCGGUGAUGUACCAUGGCAUUGCGCUUCGCGGAACCAUCGGCAGCCUGUUGUACAACCAGGGCAUUGCAGCCUCGCCCUAUCUUCCUUAUCAGUACAAGUACAACGAUGCUCAUCCGACUAACGCCUAUUAUGCGUUCUCCCAGGCGGCUGGGUGCCCCAGCAGCGGGAAUGUCUUCAACUGCCUACGUAGCAAGGACACCAAUACUCUGCAGCAGGCAAAUCAUGACGUCACUCAGCAGGCGCCCUAUGGAUAUUGGGCAUUCGGUCCCGUCACGGACAACAGCUACAUCUUUAACCGGCCUAUGCAGCAGCUACCGACCAAGAAGGUAAACGGCAAGAGGCUGUUAGUUGGUUACAAUGCCAAUGAGGGUGCCCUGUUCGUCCCUCCGAUCAUCAUGACCGAGGCCGACCUUGUUGGCUGGCUGCAGUCAGCGCAGUUUAAGAACCUGUCACCGACGCAGAUCAACACCGUGCUUGCUGCCAAUCCUAACAACGCGACAACAGACCCCAACGCUCCGCGCUGGGACACCAACGGCCUGACCGGGCCUACGGCUGUUGAGAUGUCACAGGAUGCCAACGGCCAGCAACAGCGUGCCAACAACAUCUACGCCGAGGCUACGUUCGCUUGCCCGGCCUUCUGGCUGGCCGACGCGUACACUAAGCCUGGCUCCGCAGCUUAUGUGUACCAGUAUAGCGUGCCGUUCGCUUAUCACAGCGGAGAUUUAGGCGUUUACUUUGGCCCUCAAGAGCCAAAUCACUCCGACGACAUUGCUUUGGCCUUCCGCCGUAUCUGGGGCAACUUCAUCAGGACAGGCAACCCGUCCAUCAGCGCGCCUAUCGCCAACGGCGCCGCUUCCGCCAACCCAUCAGCUCCCCAUCCGGCCUCGAACUGGCCUGCUUGGAACAAUGCGCAGCCCAAGAUGCUCAACCUCAACAUCACCGGCGGCACCCCGUACCAGGCACCGACCUUGUGGGGCACCACUGUCACUCAGUUCGCUCAGCCAGGCCUCCAGAACGCGAUUAACCUUGUAGAGGCCUCUCAGUGGGAAGGCGGCCGCCUUGCUCGUUGCAACGUGUACAAGAGUCUGGCCCCCAGCAUCCCUAUCUAA